AUGCAUUCGAACCUCAUCACCGCUCUUGCGCUUCUCGCACCCAAUGUCGAUGCGUUGCUCCGGUUCUCAUGCUCCCAGCUAGUCACCGAGCGUCUCGACCCGUUGGUCAAUCCUGGAGUCACCGGCUCUCCACACCUUCACCAAGUCGUGGGAGGAAAUGCCUUUAACGCUUCAAUGCUAAGUGACAUUCCUUCCUCUGCCACGUGUACGACUUGUACCUUUGCCGACGACUUCUCCAACUACUGGACCGCCGUUUUGUAUUUUCGUGCUCGCAAUGGGACUUUCAAGCGUGUUCCCCAGGUCCCCAACAUCGGCUUCGAAUCGGCCACUGGUGGCAUGACCGUUUAUUAUACCCCAUCCUACAAUGGUGGGAAAGUCACUGCUUUCAAGCCGGGUUUCCGGAUGCUCGUGGGAAAUCCCACAUACCGCACUGCGGAGCAGGCGAACCAAUUCCCUCAGCUCACCUAUACAUGCUUGCAAGAUAGGGGUACGAGAACUGGCGAGACGAAGGACCUGCCCGCGAAGCCUUGCCCUGCGGGUAUCAUGUCCAAUAUCCGCUUCCCCACUUGCUGGGACGGAGUAAACCUCGACAGCGCCGAUCACAUGAGCCAUGUUGCAUAUCCAAGCAGUGGGACAUUUGAAAGUGGUGGGCCAUGCCCUUCGACACAUCCUGUUCCCAUCCCACAAGUCUUCUACGAAGUCAUCUGGGACACUUCCAAAUUCAACGACAACAGCCUUUGGCCUGAAGGUGGCUCACAACCUUUUGUCUGGAGCUACGGCGAUCCGCUUGGUUACGGUACCCACGGUGAUUAUGUGUUUGGAUGGAAGGGCAAUGCUCUCCAAACCGCAAUGGACUCUAACUGCAACAUCAAUUGCCCACAGCUCAAGACGCAAUCCAUCGCAACGGGCAACCAGUGUGUCAAGAAGACGAGCGUCACUGAGGACAUCGAUGGGUUCGAACCCAUGUUGGAGGACAUCCAGUCUCAAGGUCAGCGAAGACGGCAACUGAGGUUGAUGUCCUCCGUGUUAUCAACAGUUUCACCGUCGAGCUAG